ACUUCUCUGGCCAACUAUUCAAAUGGACUGUAUUUAGAGGACUUCAUCGUUUGAAGUAAAUUAAUGUCAGUUACUGUCAGUAUUAAAAAUAGAUGGAUCAUAAAUUCUCGUUGAACUUUUCGUUCAUUUCGAACUUCAUAUUAGUUUGAGUUGUUGACGAUAUCUUCGACAUUAGCUACUUAUUUUCCAAUACCAUACGUGCACAUACAAAUUCGAUAUCAGUUGGGCGUUUUUGAUACAAGAGUCUUAUUUUCACAUUUCUUCCUGAUUCUUAAGCUCGAGGUAGAUAUAUUAAUUCUUCUGAAUGCCAGAUCUUCCUUUUUGUAUAAACCACUGUUCCGGUUGUAUUACAUUGACGUGCGAUGCUGUUGAAUGCUUCGUUACUGACUGUCCAAACAGUUGUGGGAUGCGUAUGCAUUCGUGCAAGGUUGAUGACCACUUGGAUCAAAUAUGCCCUAAGACCAUAGUCCCAUGUAUUAACAAAGAAGUCGGUUGUCCACACAUAAUAUGUCGUGAGGACAAGUCAUUUCAUUUACUCAAUUGUCCUGCUAGUGUUGUAAGCUGUAAUGCUCGAUGCCCCUUGCUUUUCAGGCAAACACAGAAAAAAUCUACUUCUCCAGUAACCUGUACUGUGAAUCCGAUUAUUCAUUAUGCUUCUUGUAAUUCAUAUGUUUACCGACCAAUUAAUUCACCUCUGUUGGGGGUCGAUUUUGAUACCAAUCAGCAGACUUUUACUAAUCAGACUGAUGGACAUAUAACCAAUGUAUUAAAAUUGAUCAAUGAGGAACAAGUCGAUAAAACACUAAGCAGCGGUUUUGUAGAAUCACCAUUAUCAUCCUACAUGUGCGACCAUCCAGGAUAUAUUUGUGGUUGUACAGUUCAAAGAACAAAUUAUGGAUCACACUAUCAGUUGCAUAGUAAUGUACAAGCGCAAUUAGACGGAUGGAUUGAACUUCGUUGUCCAUUGUCUUUUUUAGGUUGUAAAUAUGCUGUAGUUAAUCUUCGUCCUAAUAGUGAAUAUAAUCAUUUAUUGUAUAAUCCAACUCUUGCUACAUUUACAACGCGGUAUGAAUCAGAAACUAAUCAACAUAAUAUACUUACUCAUCAUUCAGAAUUAAUAAAUAGUGAAUGUUUUAAUUUUGAUCAGUUGCCUGCAGAACUUUUAAUUUAUUUAUCUUUUUUCUUAGAUGACAUGUCUUUACUUUGUUUAUCUAAAGUUUCUAACCGAUUAUCUACCGUAUAUAAAAAUAUUCUUUGUGCAAGGUUAAUUGUCACACCACAAUGGGAUAAAGUUCAUCACAGAUCAUCAGAUUUAUUCUCUUGGCGUAUUACAGGAUUUUUGUGGUCUUUUCCACAUCGUGCUGAAUCUAUCAAAGGAUGGAGAUCUGCACAUGGUGCAUCAGCUAGGUCAAAGAUUUCAGCUCAUUUAACCAGUUGUCAUUAUAACGACAAAACCAUACGUGUAUUUCCAUUCUGUUAUUUGGAAUGAAUAAUAACUUGGAUAACAAAAUAAUAGGUUUAUUAGCAUGGCAUCUUUAACUCUAUCUACUUCCUUACUACCAUAAUAGAUAGUACAAUCGCUCAUUUGUGAAAUAUCUAAAGUAAUACUACACAAUUAUACAUAACCAAACUAGAUUCCUUCUAAUCAUUCGAAUGUCUUAUGCUGUCUUCUUUCUGAAAUCGUACUAAAAUAACCAACUAUACUAUUCAAUAUUAAGCUACUUUAGAUAAAUAAGUGAUUCUCUUAAGUACUAUCUACUUUCCAACACACACAUAGCAUGUCAUUAUUAUGUGAUGAUGAGCAGUAUAAAACUUUACGUUUUUUGAAAAAUCAUUGACUUAUAGAUGUUUUCAUCGAAAUAUUUUUUUGUUUCACUUCUGUUUAAGUUGUAUUACGUACAAUAAAGUACCUGUAUAAAUCCUUAUAUGUAUAUACAUAUUUAUUUGCACGUAUAGAAUGUAAUAUAUCAUUCAUUAUCCAAAGUUAUUUACCUGGAAAUUAAAUUUAUUUACUUUUUUAGAAUACUUGAUAGAUAUAAUCUCAUCGACACUAAACGUCAACAUAUACUGACCAGUCUGGUAUUUGCUCCAGUCAUAAGGUUACUUUGUCCUUCAAUAAUCCGGUGUUUAUAUCGUCAGUUGUACCUGAGUCAUGUUUGAACUGACCAACAUUCCUGCUAUUACAUAUGCCCAACCACUGCCUACCACAAAGGGCGAUUUUUUCUGGUGUAAGAGUAGACUGGAAGAAUUCUAGGGGUGGUCAGACCAAAAUGUGGCAUCAGUCGAUGAAGUCAUUGACAGUUGGGCUGAGUUAUAUCAACAAGUGUAGACUUCCUGGUCGGGGUCUGCGUGGUUAUCGUAACCUAUGGUUAGAGACUGGAUGACAUGGCUCAAAAUCGUUUGUGAUGGUACAGAAUCAAACUGGAACAUGGUCUGGUAUUCGAGCUGAAAGCGAGCGCUGGCUACGGCCAAUGUAACUUGCUCCACAAGAGCAGGUGGACUAGUAGAUGCACAUGGAGGCAACCAAACGCGGAAGCUUAUCUUUUAUGGAUAGAGAAAAUAAGUCCCUAUUGGUGAAGGUUAUUCGCAAUUUCGCCGCAUUAAAUGUUCUUUUAAUCGCUGUCGUUAGGCGAUUAUUGAUUACGUCAGAUGUUCAAUCCCCCUUAAAUUCCAGAUCAAAAAAGGGUUUUCCUUUGGGACGGAACAACUAGAUUUCCUGUCGCAACUACUUUGGCCUUAAUAUUAUUUUAUCAUUACUAUUAUUACUG